GGACUGUGUUAGCAAAACAAAGAAGAAAACAGAACAUCCUUUAGCACUGCGCGUUCUCCUUCCCGGUUGGCAGAAAUAUUACCGUUGUGUUUUGUAUACAGUUUCCUGAAGAUGCCAGUGGCGGUCAUGCUGGGAGAGCAUUACGAGAAGCUUCUGGAACAAUGUGAAACUCAGGAGCUGGAGGCUCCAGGUGGCAUCGCAACUCCACAAGUGUAUGCUCAGUUACUGGCCCUCUACCUGCUGCACAAUGACAUGAACAAUGCCAGGUAUCUUUGGAAGCGGAUUCCACAAGCAAUUAAAACGGCAACCCCAGAACUGUCAGCUAUAUGGACAGUAGGACAGUGUAUCUGGCAGCGAGAUUUCCCAGGCAUCUACAGUGCGAUUGCUGCCCAUCAGUGGUCAGAACCAAUUCUUCCUGUAAUGGAAUCUCUAAGAGAGUCGACCCGCAGGAGGGCAUAUGGCCUUGUAGCCCAAGCAUACACCUCAAUCAGUGCAGAGGACUUUGCCUCCUUUGUGGGAUAUUCUGUGGAAGAAGCAGUAAAGGGUGUAAUCAGUCAUGGAUGGCAGGCGGAUCCCAAUGCCAGGAUGAUAUUACCACAGAAACCAGAUCCUCCCCCUGUCUCUUUGGUUCCAAACGAGCAGCAGCUGGCCAGACUCACUGACUACGUGGCUUUCCUUGAGAACUGAUCCCCCUACCCUUAACCACCCCGCCUUUUUCCAUCUUCUCAGUUAAACUGUGUGAUUUCAAAGGUCUUAAGUAUGUUCUUCCUGUUUUUGACAGAGAGUGACUUACAGGACUCUCCCAGAUGCUAAUCUUUCACUAUGCAUGUGUUUGUUGAAGUUGGAUUUUAUUUUGCAGUUGUUUAAAUUCAACAUAAUGAUUUUCAUGUAUCACAGUUAAGAAUCACAAUUUUCCUUAAAUGCCAUGCUAUGAAGUAGGAGCAAAAACUCUGCAUGUUUAAUGAGAGUCCACUUUUGGGAAAACCCCAAAUGGCAUGUCAUACUUGCAAACUUGAACUGGAAUAUGAACACAGAGGCUAAUGGUGUUCAGUGGUGAAUGUACUGAAAUAAGGUUUAAUGUUUAAUGUAAUUGGCCAGCAUUCAUAGAAUACUUCAUCCUUCCUGAGGAAGUUUUUUUUUUUUUUUUUAACCUGUUACAUGUAUGUGAUUGUCAUGUUUCUUGUUUUACUCUCUUGAUAGUUGUUUUUUUUCCAUUAGGAAUAAGCACAUAAGCAUGAACAUAAAAUGAACCAAGUCUGUGUUGAUGUAAACUGACUGUAGAAUGAAAAUAGUGCUACAUCAAGCUGUUGGGUUUUAUCACUCUUUUCCGAAGGGGGUUGGGGUGGCUUGGACAUCUGGCUUUGGCAGGCAAAGGAAGCUAUUACCACGCAAAAUCUAGAUCUGUUUUCAUGUGAAAGCAAAUGCAUUUAUAUUCUUGGAGUUUUAUUUGCAGGUUCAACAGAAGCAAAUGAUAAAUGGAGAAAUAAAAGUUUCAUCCAGA